GGAAGAUCGUCUUCAUCUAAAGUAAUAUACAGUGAUAAAUUGUACUGCCCAAAGGACCAGCAUACAUCCACCAAACCAUUUAACAAACAGCAAAGGUGGGAGUGGACGAUUAUAUUCUAGAUUUACAGGGAUCUGUUGCUUCACUGAUUUAUUGCUUGUGUCAUUAGAAUGGAACGCCGUAUCGCUUUGCGUUCCCUUACGGCUUACUUGUCUUGCCGCAUCUGUCGAGGAUACCUCAUCGAAGCGACAACAGUUACAGAAUGCCUACAUACCUUCUGCAAAAGUUGCUUAGUAAAGCAUCUCGAGGAACGCAACACAUGCCCACAAUGUGAGACCCUUAUUCAUCAAAGUCAUCCUUUAAACUACAUAGCGUAUGACAGAACAAUGCAGGACGUCGUUUAUAGGCUGGUACCCGAACUACAGAAAAAGGAGCUAAAACGUGAGUGGGAAUUUUACGAGAACAAGGGUCUAGCAUUCCCUCGAACCUUGCCACCAAACCUUCAAGCCCUGCUCAAGGAUGUGCAAGCCAAGGAAAAACCAGAAAGUGGAAGCGCAUCUGCUUCCGGCAGCUCUGCAGCUGGAUGUGCACGAGAUGGUGCUGGUGCUGAUGAGGAAAAUCAAGCCGCUAAUCACGGUGACUGCCACAGAAUGGAUGAACAGGUAAACCUUUUACUCGAGUCCGAUGCUCCUUUAUCACUAAGAUCGCUGGAAAGAGCCUUUAUCCGUGUAUCAACCCAGGCGACAGUAACGCACCUUAAAAAGUAUCUAGCGAAGAAAAUCUUUAACACUACAUCAAAAUAUAAUGAGGUGGAAAUCCUCUGCAAUCGUGAACUGUUAGGCAAAGACCAUACUCUGAAAUUCGUUUGCGUCACGCGAUGGCGGUUCAAGGAGCCCCCUUUACGUCUCCAUUAUCGGCCUAAAAUGGAAUUGUAAUAACUUUCUUGCGUAACAGCUACUACAUCUUAUAACUAAAAAUUAGAAUUUAUUGCCAGUGGAUGACUAAAAUUAGGUCAACACCUUGUAAGAAUUAUGUAUAUACAUAAACAAAUGACAACUAAUGAUGUUUUUGUAUAACUUGUUUAAUAAAGAAACGAGUUGCCUUGUAAACUCCACCAUACGACGUAUAAUCGUGUCGUUCAAGUUACACGAGUGAAUGUGUGAUUCCUGAGUCACUGUCAAAAAUGUAACUCACGAAACACUACAAUGUUUACCAGAAAUAACUGGCGAAUAGUUUCAAAAAGGAUUUCUUUGUUUCAAGGUUUAGUAUACGCACAUAGCGUGAUGUACGCAUAUACGGUAAGCCCUUUCAAUCCAAUGCUUUUUGUCGUAUUAUUUAAUGGAACUCGAGAGAAACUGAGGGAAUGCGACAACGAUAUGCACAACUGGUUUUCAGUGGACUGUCUACUCAUGAUACUAAGAGUUUAAAAUGGGAAUUUGGUUCCCUUCUAUUGAUAGUUCAUAGAGCUUAUAGCACCCCGCUACAUCACAGCCUUGUUGAUGUUGUUUAUCUUCAGUAAACAGAAGUUACUAUCUGGCCAGUCAUGAUAGAGACGUAGGUUUGCUUGUAGAAUGAAUUUAUGAGCUACUUAGGUAAUUCAACUUCUGAGCGCAGCGUGCAGCAAUGAGUUUAA